AUGGGAAACUGCGGUUCCAAAGAGGACGCCGUGGCAAACGGGUCUUUGCCAAGCACUCGUCGUCAGUCCGCUCCGAAGAAUGGCCAGAUUGCCUCCUCUGCCAAAUAUGAGGCCUCCCACAAUGCAGAAAAGCCCGGAAUCGACCAAAAUGAAUCUGCCAAACAAGAACAAGUGGCUACUGUGCCACACGGGAAGUCUGUGUCGAAUAAUCAGAAGGCCAAGAAGGAGGUCAAGAUGCUCCUUCUCGGUUCGGGAGAAAGCGGCAAGUCUACCAUUUUAAAGCAAAUCAAGAUCAUUCACCAGAACGGAUACACUGAGAGAGAACUGUAUGACUACAAGCCUUUUGUAUUCAAGAAUCUGAGCGAUUGUGCGAAAUCCAUCGUGAAGGCGUUGCGGGACUUUGGUUUAGCAGAUAAGCUGGCGGAAUUGAACGCAGACGAUCUGGAACAAAUCUAUUCGACCGAGAUAUCUAUGGAGCGUGAAUUGCCUUUUGACCAGUCCCUAGGCGCGAAAAUCAAGGAGUUGAUAAACGACCCGGUGGUGGUGAAGCUGAUUGAGGAGCACAGAAACGAGUUUUAUCUGCUGGAUUCGGCCAGUUACUUCUUUGACAGCAUUGACAGAAUUACCAGUCCCAAGUAUGUUUGCUCGGUGACAGAUGUCCUACGGACGAGAAAACAGACAUCAGGUAUCUACGACAUCAAGUUUCAGAUGGAAGACAUCAACAUCCAUCUGUACGAUGUCGGUGGCCAACGCUCGGAACGCAAGAAGUGGAUCCAUUGUUUUGAUAACGUGGCUGUGAUAAUGUUCUGUGUUUCGCUGUCCGAAUACGAUCAGGUGUUGCUGGAAUCCGAGGGCCAGAACAGACUGGAGGAGUCUCUCAACCUGUUUGACUCGGUGGUGAACUCUAUGUGGUUCAGAAGGACCUCCGUGGUGUUAUUCUUGAACAAGAUUGAUGUCCUGGUGGAGAAACUGCCACAUUCGCCUUUGGAGGCUCAUUUCCCCGACUAUGCUGGUGGGAAUGACGUCAAUAAGGCCGUCAAAUACAUCCUGUGGAGGUUCAAACAGCUCAACCGGAUGAACCUCAAUAUCAUGCCCUAUGUGACCCAGGCCACAGACACGUCAAACAUAAAGCUCGCGUUUGCCGUGGUGAAGGAGACCAUCAUACACAACGCCCUCAUGGAUAGUGGUAUCUUGCAGGUUUGA